CUUUGGAUGGAGCAAAAGGAGGUGGGCCGGAUGUUGAAAUAUGCCAAUAACAUGACGUGGUGUAGAGCCCUUAAAUACCUGGGUUUUCACAGAGAUAGUUUCAUUAAACCAACGGAAGAGGAUCAAAUCUUUACUUUAAUUUUGAAUCAUUUGGAUAACAAUGAGUGGUGGAUGUCCAUACUUUGAGAAGAAGCACUUGUUAUUCAAGAGCAAGCUGCUUCUGAAUGAGGAGGAGGCAGAUGAGUCUCAAAAAGGAAUUAACAAGGCCAGCAAAGGUGGCAUCAUCUAUGGUGACUACCUUCAGCUUGACAAGGUUGUGACGGCCCAAGUUCUUCAGAGUGAACUGAAAGGGAACAAGAUCCACGAUGAACAUCUUUUCAUUGUCACCCAUCAAGCAUAUGAACUCUGGUUCAAGCAGAUUCUUUGGGAACUGGAUUCAGUGCGAGAGAUUUUCAUUAGUGGACAUGUUCGUGAUGAACGCAACAUGCUGAAGGUCAACACCCGCAUACAUAGGAUCGUUAUGAUCUUCAGGCUGCUGGUCGACCAGUUCUCCGUGCUCGAGACAAUGACCGCCUUGGACUUCUAUGACUUCAGAGAGUAUCUGUCCCCUGCCUCCGGGUUCCAAAGUCUCCAAUUCCGUCUGUUGGAGAACAAGAUUGGGGUCCCUGACAACCUGAGGGUCCCCUACAACAGGCGUCACUACAGGGACAACUUCAAAGGACAUGAGAGUGAGAUGCUGCUCAGUUCUGAGAAGGAGCCUUGUCUGCUGAAAUUGGUAGAGAAAUGGCUGGAAAGGACCCCAGGUCUUGAAGGCGAUGGGUUCAACUUUUGGAAAAAACUGGAAGCCAACAUCUUUGAAGGAUUGUGUCUUGAGAAAAAGAAAAUCGCGAAAAUGCCAGACUCUGAGGAGAAGGAGGAGAUGAUGGAAGAGCUGACGAAGCAAAAAGAGCUCUUCACUUCUCUGUUUGACAUCAAAAGACAUGAGCAUCUUUUGAGCAAAGGUGAGAGACGGAUCUCCUACAAGGCUCUCCAAGGAGCUCUGAUGAUUUACUUCUACAGGGAGGAGCCCAGGUUCCAGGUUCCCUUCCAACUCCUGUCCAACCUGAUGGACAUUGAUACCCUCAUGACAAAAUGGAGAUACAACCAUGUGUGCAUGGUGCACAGAAUGAUUGGUAGCAAAGCAGGCACUGGAGGCUCCUCUGGCUACCACUACCUGCGCUCUACUGUCAGUGAUCGCUACAAAGUCUUUGUGGAUCUCUUCAACCUGGCCACAUUUUUGAUACCUCGGCACUGGGUGCCCAAGCUGGACCCCAAUGAGCACACAUUCCUGUUCACUGCAGAGUACUGUGACAGCUCCUACUGCAGUAGUGAGGAUUCAGACUAGAACCUGUUAUUAACUGUCGAAAGUGGUCAGUUCAGAUGGAGGAAAGGUGACAACGAAAGGGAACCUCUUUAAACUAUGAAGACACACGUGACCCAGUGGGCAUUAUAUAAUAUAUAUAAAAUACAUUUUAUUUAUAAUGGGACAAGUAACAUAGUAUAUAAUCUUAACCACAUAAGCUGUCUGCAUGUAUAUAUUGUUAAUAUAAUUAUUUAGUGUUUAUAAAGUAUAUUGUUUAUAUAAUAUUUUGCUGUAUUUAAAGUAAGAAUUUGAUCUAUGUACAUGGCCUAAUGAAUGAUAAUCAUGCACCGACCCAUGCACUUUGGGUUAUUCUGAAUGUGUACCCUAAAGAAGCCUAUUGUUCAUCUUUUUUAGAGUAAUAUGUUUUUGUACAGUACUUGGAUAUUGGCGGAUUGGGUGUUUUUAUGUGAUGUCAGAGAAAUGACCUGUAGACUUUAUUCACCAUAUAAAUGAUCACAGGACUGCAAAGAAAUAUAUUUUAUUGUAUCAGAAGAAUAUAAAUUGUAUCUGUCUCAAUAAAAAUAUUGUACUGAAAA